ACUUAGGUCAAUACCUGUUUUUGAUCUCACAGUAGCCGAGGAAAUUAUUCAGUCAGUUACUGGAAUGUGUAGCAUUUCUUCCUACGUUGGUUGACUUCAUCCAUUCGCCUUUCAUCAUGAAAAGGCAAAAAGCAGUUGUAAAAUUAGAUAAGGAGUUUUACUGCACUUCCUCCUUUCAUUUUCAUAAGUAUUCGGUUGCGAUAAGUCCUAUCAUAGCUCAAAGUGAUAUUUCGGCAGUAAUGGAAGUCAGUCAAAGAGAAAAAUGAAAUCGGUUGAUCACAUGCAAAAAGAGAACCAUUUUCAUACUUCAUGUGUAAGCUACCCCAAAGUGAAGUCGAGUAGCAUGCAGGACAUCGCGAACUCCUAUCCUUCUGUUCAAAGUGAUCGAAUCACAAGGUACGCUAGCCCAAACCGUUUUGAUGUGCGCAGUGCUCCCAAUAGCUUUUUAGACUCAUAUAGAUCCUACAGAUUUCCACAUAAACCAGAGACAUAUCUUAACCGGUCAAAAAUUCGAUCAACAAUGCGGACAAGCAUUUCAUCGUACGCAGUCACUUCUCCAAGUGGAUGUUUCUCCAACAAGCCUACUCCUAGUUCCACCGCACAAAAUCUGCAAUUGACAAGUGGUGUCAGAUCCUGUGAUAAAAACAUCUCAUCUGAAUGUCCCAAGGAACUGCCAACUAAAGUUCUACCAUACAGUUGCAAGUCAACUGAACAAUGCAGCAGUUCCACUAGACAACUUAUAAAGCAUCCUAACUUACCGAGUAAUAAUAAUAAUAAUGAUCACACUUCCAGUUCAUUUGUAAAAGACUCCCCAGGAAUUCCUUCCCCACACAUUACAUCUAAUAGCUUAUCUUCAUCUGGCCCUCCAAAUAUGCAACCGUAUCAUUUUAUUCUACCUAAAAAUCAACUCCAACAACGUUAUCUAUUAUACAAAGCGCCUUCAAAUCACGCUGUACCCAUUUCAUUAUCGCACUCAGAAAUUCCUAAAUCGAAUUUAUUACCCAACAAAUGUUCAUACAUAUCUCAGACUACAAUAAACAGUAAUGUUAAGUACAAUGUUCAUUAUGAUAUAAACAACCAAAUGAAAGCGAACAUUCCUCCAGCAUCAAAUGAUUGUAGUGCUUUGAAAAGUGAUUUUGAAAAACAGUGGAAUAAGAACAAUUCACACUUGAAUUAUGAUAUACUUCAAAGUUCCAGUUCGAAUGCGAAAGAACAAAUCAUAGGCAUUCAAGAAGAUUCUUUAUCAACUAAGUUGUACUCAUCAAGUCAAGAUCAAACUGAGAGCAUUCAGAAUCAUAAUGAUGAUAAAAUCAAUAACAACAAGUACUACAACGACUACAGUAAUACUAUCAUGAAUUCGAAUAACAAUAAUUAUAAUGCACCGAUAUAUAAACAAAUUAUUUAUCCAUUUAAAGGAAAUUCAUUUCGUUCAGUUAAAAACAAUCAUAAAAAUAAAGCCAAAACGAUCGGUAGACAACAGAAACAACAAGAAGAGAAUACGUUGAAUCAUGAGAAUGAGAGUAAUUCAAAGCCUGAAAUUAAGUUGAUUGAUUCCAGGCCACGAACAAGAUUGUACAUUCAAUCAGGAACGAAAACUCAUACAAAAACAAUGACACUUCAAAAAGAUUUGGUAACCGACGACAGUCUUAAUGAUCAGGAGUUUAACAAAACUGGUUUUAUUUCAUUGCCUGACCGAAGACCGGCAUCACGAAGAGGAAAUACUAGGCUGCCAACCUCACCUUCAAUGCCUUUACCGAGUGAAACCCCAUCCGGUCGUUGGAUAUAUAAUGUUAGUCUUUCUGAAAUGGAUUACAAUAGUGAACCUUACAGUAUAUGUACAUCCUUAGUCGAGUGUAAACAAACGGAUAUAGGAACAGUAGAUAGUCAAAAUGAUCCUGAAUUAACAGAUAAACUGGAUUUGAUAGCUUGUAAAAUUGGAUUAUUGCAUCGUAAGAACUACACAGGAAGAAAAGAUUCACGCUCUUCACAACAUGAUAUUAGUGGUUUGAUGUCAUCGAUCGAUCCAUGCUCUGAAUCAAAUCUUUCUAAGGUUGACUUAGACCAGUAUUUAGCUCAAAAAACAUCAACACCCGUUUCUAACCCAGCUUCUACCAGUUCGCUGAUAAAUAAAACCACUGUUCUUCAGACAAGUUCAACAUCUUCAACAAGUCCAAAGAUUACAGACUCAAGAUAUAGAAGUCAUUUGUCACGUGUUGAUUCAACGUUAGCAGGUGCUAGCAAAACUAAACCUCAGAAUAGGCCAAGCAGUACAGGUAGUAGAAUUUUUAAAGAGUUUUUACGUCAUAUAUCACCGAAACUGAGACGUAGUUUUUCAGGACUAUCCAGUCGGAAAAAGUGUGAACAUCAAAAAUCUAACCAGAACGUUGUUGAUACUGAUGUAAUUCAGGAACCUUCAUCUAAAUUUGAACGCGUUAAAUCAGAACAUAACUAUUCAAAAUCCCUCCUUUGGCUGAUUCCUCGCUGUUCAAGUCGUUCAAAGGAGAACAAAAGAAAAGGAAAAAUAGCUACAGAGGAAGUAUAUCAAACUACUGAAUGCCCUCUGAACAUUGAUAUCGGCGUCAGUAAUUCAAAUCCAUCCAAAGCAAUAUCCUCGAAUACUGCAACAGGUGAAAGUUACAUAUCUGACGCUUCAAUUACUCCAACUGUUACACUUUCCAGUGAGAUUCAACCACGGUUACCUUUUUCACCUUCUACUCGUCAUCCUUCUCUUUGUUCUCACUUUCAUGACGAAUACUACGAACAGCAUCAUCAUAAACGUCCUUUGAGUAUUGCUCUACCAAUUGAUAAAGAAAGAGAUAAAGUUUCGCUUGAUUUCUGGAACGACCUUCAAAUGAGUCAUCAAAAUCAAGAAGGUAUUUUUUCAAGACAUGAAGAAAAUGACAAUCCUCCUAAGAAAAAUCAUCCAGAACCCGUUUAUCUUAAUGCAGCUUUGAAUGCAUUCGGUUAUGGAUACAAACCAGACUGGAAACACUUUUGUGUUUCUCCGUCUGCUAGACGUCUAGCACAUACAAAAUCAAUGCGAAUGCGACAAUCAGGACGCAAUUCUCUUGACUUGGCUGCAUCAUAUAGCAACUCAAGUAGGCCAGUAGAAAGCUAUGAUGGAAUCUCAGAUGGUACUGGAAAUUGUAGUGAUAAUCAAAAUGAAGAGAAGUUUUUACCCGGUGAAAGUGAAAACAUACAUAAAAAUACUUUAAAUUUGAUUGAAAGUAAGCCUAAACAAACUGUUGGAUAUUAUUGUCAUAAUCACAAUAACGAAAACCACAAAAUACCUACCAAUGACAUGAUAGCAAGUAGUGAUUCACGACUGUUUAAAGAAGAAGCUGUGAUAUUUAAUGACGAAGACUGCCAUCUGGCUUUAAAGGACGACGAACGGAAUAUUGCAUUUAAUAUGAAUGUUUCAAGCAAACAACAUCCUACAGUUUCCAUGCAACAUUCACCGGGAGAAUAUCACCUUAUGUCAACAGGCAAGGCUCAGUUGUUCGAUACAUUUCCUGAGACUGACGAAAACGGCCAAUACUUCAGUAAACCUCAACAACUCGCUAUAAAUUUGAAAGAAGAAAGUGAAGCGAUUGACAAUGAAACAAAAGCAAGCUUUAAUCAUGUAUUAUCAGCUAUCCCUUCAAGAACUCCACCAAUCAAGCGUAGAAAUACAGCCAUAGCUAUUAAAGCUAAAGCAACAAGGUUAAGACAAUCUUCAAAUUCAUUUCUACCAACAACUACUGGACAUCGUGAUAGAUUAUCGGCAGCAGUAUCUAAAGCCACCAUAACAACUGAUCAGUCAGAGUACAUACAGCCAACAAAAAAGAAAGAACUUUCAACUUUGUAUGAAACAGAACACUCACCAACAGAACAGGGGGAUAGUAACUGUCAUAAGGUAGUAGAUCCUCGUUUAUCACCAUCAAUAUCAUCGUCUUUUUCAGGAUCAUCGAGUUUUAGUGAAAAGGCUGAACAUGUCAGAAAAAUGUCAUCUUCAUCAAACGAUUUGCAUAAUCGUGUUGAAAUUUCUACUAGUCCAUCUGAUUGGAUUGGAUAUGUGAAAAAUCUUGAAAUUAAUCGAUCAGAUAUGGAACUUUCAGCCAAUGACGAUGUAGAUUGUGUAAUUAAUCUGCUGAGGAACGUUCAUACAUUUGAAAGUCAGUUAAUGAACGUGAUUGCUAUAGCGAAGAACGAAUUAGAAAAAUAUGAAUGUCUUGAAGAUGAUAAAUGGUCAACAGCUACUAGUGAUGUCGAGCAGCAACUAACAAGUAUGGAUAUCGCCUCGAACUCCGAAAAGACCGACGAAUUGCUAACUGGUAUCGGACACGCUCAAAUGUUGAUAUCUGGAAAUCUUACGACACUCAGUAAACUAUGCAAACUGUACUUAGAAGCAAAAUCACAGAUAAAGAAGCAGCAACCAAUUGAUUAUAUUCCUCUGAGAAGUGACUUAGAAGGCUACUGGGAUUUAAUAUUGCUACAGUAUGGACGUUUUGAAUUACAAUUUCCACUUUUAUGCAGUUGGAUUUCGAAAGAAUUUCGCACUGAACUGCAGCAAAACAUCAAGAAGUCUGUUGGUGAACAGUUUAUGCAAAAAUCUGAAUCGCUCAGCCCUAGAAAGUUAGAUUAUGAGAGCAGAAAGAUAACCGUCAAAAAUGCAAACACAAUAACCCGUAUUAAACGUUAUUUCAACUCGGUUCUACUGUUAUUUUAUGCGAAGAUGGCUGCGUGACGUAAAUAGCACAUGUUCAAAUACGUUUGGUCGUUCAAGGUUUACUGUACGUCCUUCGAAUGACUGCUUAGCCUAUUAUUUUGCCACUAACCUCAACAUUUCUCACUUUGUGUAUUCAGCACAUGUAAACCAUUCUAUGGAAAAAUCUGUUUGAAUUCCUGCAUUCUCAUCAUUUCUUCUACAUUCAGUGACUUCUGUUCACAUACUUUUAUUAAUCUGAUCUGCGUGCUUUACUUAAAUAAUAAGUCACUUUAUUAUCUGUUGGAUAUUAUUAUAUAUGGACAUUUUUUUACAACGUUUUAGAAUAAAAACACUUCUGGAUCACAUGCUAAUUCAGUAAUGUCAAAUAAGUCACGCACUGCUGUCCGAGAACGAAUCGCAAGUGCUCGCAAACAAAUGAUCAAACGAAUUAGCAACAAAACUGUUGUUAAUGACUCCGAUAACAAUAAAAGUGAACCUGGAAAUUCUAAAAGUGGAAAUUCACUGUUUUAUACGAUUGAAUAAUAAUGAUGGUGGUGAUGUUGGGUUAAUUAUUUCAAUGUAUAUAUGUAUACAUAUUAUUUUACCGCGCAAAUUACUCCGCCAAAUUUUUCAAAUACCAGUGUAAGCAUGAUGAAAUUUAUGAAGGGUAUCUCUUAUGUACAGUUCACAUUUGUAUACUUGUAAAUACCCCUUAUCUAACUUACAUAAUUUUCAUUAUAUACUAACUCGUCAUUCUUGUAUGUUAGUCAUCUAACCAUACAAAUAACAAAUCGACAAGUAGUACAUAAAUACAUGCUAUGAUGAAUGCAUACUUUGUUAGUGUAUUGGAUGAUUGUCUGACGAAAAAAUCCUUUACAGCUAUACCUUUUUCUUCAUACCCAUAAAUGUUUGUAGUUUUGACCUAUCUAUAAUUCUUCUUUGUAUAUUUUCUUGCUUGUUCACUUUGUCCACUUUAGGCGUCAAUAUAUUUCAAGUAAUAUAUUCGUUAAUUCUUUUUUUCCUUCUAAUGACAUUAUCUCUUUAAAAUUAAUUCUGUUUUAAUAAAUUUGAUAGUUUCAAACAAAAACAAUGAAUAAAUGAACUGGAGUAGGGUGUGUAUUAAAUACUGAUUUUACCUCAUUCUUUCACUGUCCCUACUUUUCUUUUGAUUUUUGAUUUUUACUUAUUUUUUUUAGCCUACCUUGAUCAAUAUGAAGUAUAAUUAUUUUGAACUGAAUAGUGUUUUCUUAGGGACUAUAGUGAAAGUGAAAUGACUGUUGGUGGGUCUUCUUAUCAUAUAGUGAUUACCACUUUUAGUGAACUGAAUGCCAAG